CCAACCUUCCGGGCCCCGCAAAGCUGGAGUCUCGGCGAGCGCCCCGGCCAUGGGCGAUUUUAAUCCAACACCUUGACGAGGAGCGUAAAAAAAGACAAAUUGCCAAUCCAUCCCCCAUGUCGGAAGACGCAGCGAGGGCGGCCGCCAGAUGAUGAACUCGUACUUCGAGCAGAGCGGCUUCUACAACGGCCAGGGGGGCAGCGCGGCGGAACAGGCCUACCGGUUCCCCCAGGGCCUGCUCGUGCCGCCGUACCCGCAGUCCACGGCCGCUGCGGCCGCCGCAGCCGCCGCGGUCGCGGCCCGCGCCGCGUCUUCGCACGACGCCGCGGCCGCCGGAACACCCGCCUCGUACGACGCCGCCGCCGGAUCGGCGGCCGCCGCAGCCGCGGCCGCGGCAGCCUGCAAGCUGUACCCGAGCGACGCUGGGGGCGCCUUCAAGACCGAGUGCCUGGUCAAGGACCAGAACGGCUUCGGCAGCGCCGUCAAGGACAUGGCCGCCUCGUGGCCCUCCAGUUCGCUGUCGCGAGCCGCCACCGACCCGAUGAGGCCCUUCGACGCGUCGGCCGCGGCGCCCAGGGUCUCGGACGCCUGGACCUCCUGCUGCCAGAGCACCACCGCCGCCGCGGCCGCGGUCGCGCAGGCGCCCACCAACGCCUUCUACCCGUGGAUGGCAAUCGCAGGGUUGAACAGCUACAUCGCACCCCUCCAGAGGUGGUAUGGUACAGCGUUUCCAACGGAGCUUGCCUCGGUCAUUCUCUCAGGUGCCAGUGGGUUGCGUCGCCGAGGCCGCCAGACCUACACCCGCUACCAGACCUUGGAGCUGGAGAAAGAGUUCCACACCAACCACUACCUGACGCGGCGGCGGAGGAUUGAGAUGGCGCACGCACUCUGCCUCACCGAGCGCCAGAUCAAGAUCUGGUUCCAGAACCGCCGCAUGAAGCUCAAGAAGGAGAUCCAGGCCAUCAAGGAGCUCAACGAGCAGGAACGCCAGGCCCAGGCCGCCAAGGCGCAGCAGGCGGCGGCUGCGCAGGCUUCGGGCGACGCCGGCAAAACGUAAGAUCCGACCGGUCUCGCCAUGGUCUCUCCGGGCCGCUGUAUUCCUGGAGGGAGGAACGAGAGACAACCCCCUUUGUAGACAGGCGGCCCCGUACUACUACUACUACUACAACUACUACUCCACUACACUCCCACCGCGGCGGCAUGCAGCUGGGCAAAACGCGCUCCUCGCGAAAUGCCCCUUGGCUGCGAUCGCCUCCCCCCCCCCCCCCCUUCCACUGGUUCUCCAUAUACGUAUUACUAUACGCAGGCUCGCGCGAAAUGCGCCGUCAGGCCAGCAGUGCGCACACACAUGUCGCGCCGUUCGGGCAGUUGUGUGUGCGUGUGAGUGCGUGCCCGUGCUUGCUGGGCACCGCGCCGGCACGGGUAUUUGUCGACUCUCUCAAAAAAAUGCGGCGAUAUAGCGCGUAUUCUCUUUUUCGCGAGUUGUCGUCCGUACUUUAACGGCGCGUUCGUCGGCAGGCGCACAUCCCUCCUCUGAGAGAACUCAGUGAGAGAGAGAAAGAAAAAAAAAAAACAAUAAGAGCGCUGAAAGUGUCGUUGUCGCAGCGAGAAGGUUUAGAAGGUGUUGUUCAUUUUUUUUUCUUUUUCGUGCACGGUUGUAGUUAUUUUUCUUUUUUUUUUUCUUUGAACGGUGGUGCGCGUUACAUUUCAUGCGUCCAAACGUCAGGACGUUGGAAUCGGUGUGGAACGAGACGCCACGCCGCUGGCAUCCUCGGAGGACAAGUGCCGCUUCUAAACUUCGGAGGCGACCAUCCUCUUCCCUCGCAAGACUUUCACGGACUCUUCCGCAACGUUGUGCAGUUGCGGAACAUUCACCAAUGUGGAACAUUUGUGCAACCACGCCAAGACACCCCCGCCCUACCCCCCCACCCCUUUAUUUUAAUUUUUUUUCUCGAUCCUAUAACUUAGUUUCACAUGAUGUGUUUGUCGACGUGCACCUACAUGGCUGCGUGUGUGCGUGUGUGUUUCGAAGCUUCACGAGUGGACAACCAGAGCAAUGUGCACAGAACGAGCAGAGGCCAACCACAUGGAGCCAAGGGCGAGACGCUCGUUGUCCGCCCGACGUCAUCAACGUGUGGCAACUCGCGGGUGCUCUAAAACUGUGUUGUGACUCUUUGAUCUCUUCGGUUGUAGUGUCAAGGGUGACACACGAUCACAUGAUUUAGGAUGUUUCAUUCCCGGCCAGUUUCUUGCAGGAAGAAUUUAUAUUUUUUUUCUUGUUAAAGACUGAAUGCUAGUGUUUAUUCUUUCUCUCUGUCCUAAUUUCUUAAAGCUCGCUUGUGAAACUGGGUGUGUCUUCGCCAUUUGUGAAAGCGGCAUCGAGAGUAGAAUGAAAAAGAGACGUUGCUCUUCUUGACCUUAUUGCCACUAUUUGUUAAAGGACACGCGAGUGGACAGCGUAUUCGUGGAGUGAUAUAGGAGGCGAUGGCAUUGGAAGUGCCAGUAAUUUUGUAAAUUCUGCACAAGUGAUGAGUACGAAUGGCCCAACGAGUCGAUAACAAUUGUUCUCUUUAGCGGAGCAUUCCAAACUAACCGAUUACAAGCAACAACUAUUCAUUGCUUGAUUGGCUAUCUCAGCAAGAACUGGAGUUUAUCGGUGAAAAGCGUACUUUAACACCGCCACAGAGUGCACAGAAUGAGCCGUGAGGACAAAGCACUUGGUUCCUCGCUGUCCUCCCUGUCCUCCUGGCUUUUUCUGUGUAGUUUGUCGGGCUGUUAAAAUAUGCUCUUUACGAAGAUGUACCAACCAGUGCGAUGGAAUGUGCUGAAGUCUGUUGACCUAGAGACUAAGGACGAUACAACCAAGGUUUCUUGUGCGAUUUGUCGUUUGAGAAAGCUAAUGGCUUAGCCUCCUAUAUCCUCUAGAUUGCAUUUUCUCUCGCGAGUCCUCGUGAACGUGGUCACUGUCAUUAUACGUACUCGCAGUGCAAAUUCCUGCCGCCCCGCUGUCAUUGAGUUUGGUGGCGACAUUGUGUGUUGAUGCAACCUUCUGGAUAUACGUAAAACAAUCUUCUACACUAAAUACCGAACAUACGUGCUCGUUGGAGAUAUUGUAACAGUGUACAGAGGGCGUAUUGCCUGUGCACUUGCGUAUUUACAUAAUGUUUAACCCGCGUAAGACGUCACUUGAGUGCUUGAAAGUGGCAACCACAUUUCUCCUGGAUAUACGUAUACACGCAGCAAGCUUGUAAGGUUUGACUGUGGCGCCUGAGAAUAUACGUGGACAGAAGGAGCGCGUUGCAUGUUGAAGGAAGCGUAUUCUCCAAACGGUACCCACCGAGGUUAUUCUUGGGUCAUGUCAGCUGUACAAACACAUUGCGUAGUGAAGCAUAAUUGCGCAUUUGCGUAACCCUCGUGCAAACAAGGUUCGCUGUUUCUAGACUUCUUGCAUCAGCUAGAACCGAAAAAAAAAGAAGAUUAACGGAAAAUCAAGAACUACUUGAUGCUUGUGGUUAUAUCUACGUAUGUUAGGUUUAUUCUACCAUCAGCCUGCCGAAAGCAACGAAGUUCAUUGGACGACACGUUUAUCUGUGGUAAGCCGCGAAAUUGGUUAUAGCUGGCUUCCGCGAGCAGGGCGUUCUUGCAAAAUGCAACCAAGAAGCAGAGCGCCAUGUCAGGGUCUGCAAACAAAAACUGGAUAUUGCCCGUGGUCAAUCAUUUUUUUUUUUCUGAGCGUUAAGGAAUGGUCAGUUUUGAGAGUCGUAAAGCGAAACAAAUCUUGUAGAUAUUCCUAACUGCUAAACUUGGAAAGAAAGUUCGCGUGGCCGUGUGAAACGCGACAUCUACGUGCACGUGUCUGAAGAACUUUCUGAUUCCUGACGUAUCUCUGUACUUUUCUGGCAUUGUGUGUUGUCUAGUGUAGUACUUAUUCUUUUUGGUGGCUCCGUCAUCUAUACAAAGACACCUUGUGUACAUGGACACUCUGAAGCACAUCAACAAACACUGCUCCUCAAACACUGCUCCUCGAAUUUGUCAGCGUGGAGUCAUUUAGAGGUAAACAAAACUACAAGAUGAAGACGCCCGAAUCUCGGAAAGUGUUGACGGGUGUACUCUAUUACCCUAAGCAGUGAGCUUCGUUUUCUUUUGUUUCUUUCGCAGGCGCAGUUUCUAUUGAUAAUGUGUCGCUUCCUUCAGUGGCAGUAGGCUUUAUUCGCUGCAUUCGUGUCUCCUUUGAUAAGCACAAUGACUUAUUCAUGACAAUUAUGUUUAAGCAAAUGGUUCUUGCGCCAUUUUAGCUAUGUUCUUGCAACAUUUUUUGUUAUUAAGUGUUAUUGAAUCGCGUAAGCUGAAAACAAAGAAAUGACAGGAACUUCGUGGAAACAAACCAACAAAAAAACUUUCAUACAUUUGUGGUCACUAUAUACACAGCUAUGCGUUGAGAUCCUAUGGCUAGAGUUCCUUACGCAGACUCACAAAUUUAUUUUUUGGUGUGUGUUUCAUAAUUUAUGAGCAGUUAGUGUACAGACAUCUGCCAGGUUGUAACUUACGACGGUGGCAGUGAGUCAAUUCGGCACUCAUUGCAUUCGCAUUGUUUUGUGACGCAUUUCAUUUACUUUUCCAAAGUCGCACUGCUCCCUGUAAAAUUUUCCUACUAGUGGCAACUACACCAAAUCACCUAUGUUCAGCUGUGUCUCUUACAAUUUGCCUCAGCAAAAUUGACAUUUAAUUCAUCGUUUCCCGUUAUUAAUUUCAUUAAAGCCAGAAGUACACUCCAACACCUAAAGCAGCUUCGUUUCCUUCGCAAUAGGCGACGCUGCGUCAAAUUGCGACUGGCCGAUUGCUUUGCAAAGAUCUUAGAUUUAUGCACGUAUCGCCCGCUUCUCCGGCUUCAAAAGGUCUGAAAGGGGCAUCAGAGACAAAGAGCGCUUUCUGCCGUUUAUGAUGUGGCCUUCCUAACGAUCUCUAAAGCAUACCUACACCAUAUACGUACACCGCUAUACGUACACUGUUCUUCCCAACAUUUUGUGUCUUUGCCGGCGAAUCUGGGAAAGUCAGUGAAAAUUAUACGUAUGCUCGCGAACAUUCCAUUGUUUCAUUUAUAUCUCGCGCAGGUCUCACGAAAAUUCUUUUAGCAGUGCAUGUAACUACGAGCCUAGACAUUAAUGGUGAAAUAAUCUUUAUCGUGUGGGAAUAUUGUCAGCUGUAUAUUUGCAUAUAUUCCGCCUAUCGAUGUUCCAGUGCGCAUCUCUUGUCGCUCACGCGUAUAGAGACAGAAUUUUUUCGCGGUUAUGUACCUGCCUUUGCCUAUUCGUUUCUUCUCUCCUGCUGACUAACAACAAAUCAUCGUUUAUGCAUUCUUUUUAAAAGAUAGAAAUGCGCCAAGAGCACUUCGUGCAGGAAGAAGCUGGAAAAUCAUUCCUGUGCAUUUUGUUUUUCUUCACGCCUGAGGCGAAAAUAGCACUUAACAAAACGCGAGAGCUUCGGAAAGCGUCGCCUUAUCGGAAGGGCAAGGAAUUUCCAUGAAUUCUAAACCUUGGAAUGUCUAGGAAUUUUCGCUUCAUCUCUUUUAAGUACCAAGGACAAAGUGUCUAUCCAGCCUUAUGAAUUUGAGAACGGAAUCAAGUCUGUGACACAACACCAAAACAUAACUCAAUUUAGCUGUUUAGCUUACGCGUACCUUAAAGCGGUUUUUACAGCAAAAGCAGCGCUCAAAAUUACUCUUAGCUUACAGUCUCCUUGUUCAAAUUACGUUGCGGUAUGUUUGACUCGCGAUGAUUCAGCUACACAUAGCCAAAAUCAUUAAUGCGGUUGAUUGGUUAGGUCAGUGCGGAGUGGACGUAAGUGUAUAUAUAUAUAUAUAUAUAUAUAUAUAUAUAUAUAUAUAUAUAUAUAUAUAUAUAUAUAUAUAUAUAUUGAUCAGAUGCAAAACCGAAGAUUUCAAUUUCACUGUAAAGUUGGCGAAAUAUUUCAUCAGUGCUAUGUCGUGAGCGCCCUGAUGUAUGCACUGGAACAUGAUGUAGUUCAUCAAGGUAUUGCAUAAAGGCAACAUGACGCCUAACUGAGAUUAAGUUGCGAACCUUUCUGUUAAAGCCAAGGCAGGAUGUCUAGCACGGGGUGCGCCUGCACUUUCACUUGCUUGCUCUCAUUUCGUCGGUCGUUCGAGGGAUCUCUCGUUAUCACGUUGUUGCCCUCAAAUUUUGUGUGCUUCAUCAUUAUCUUUUGUGCCACAGUGUUCGGAGUCGGCGUUUGAGUGCUUGUUUUCACGUUUAUACAUACUUAAAAGACCUCGAGCAUUCGAAUUUGUCAUCGUUGGCGUAGCGAACGACGUACGUUGUGGUUGUUCUUUUGAGCGUGUAUUCUUUUAGUUUUUUUCUUUCACUUUUGUCUGUUUGCAUUUUUGUGUUAGUCACAUAAGUGUGCGGAUUAUACGUGUAUGUAAUACCAGUAUACGUAGAAUAGGUAAACCAUGAGAGAAAGGCAAAAGAAGACGGGCGUCUUUUCAAAUCGCCACUGCGCAUUCGAGCCAAUUCAGGAAAGACGCGAGAAAGAAAUUCUAGCUUCAUAAGCGGCACGCAACCAGUUGUGAUUGCUCAGUAUACGUAAACAGAACAGAACGCUGUAUAAACUUAGCCGCAAACCUAUUUUGAAAUUUAUAUACUGAUAUAUAUUUAUACACCUAGCCGUGUUGUACAUCUAAAGUCACAUUUCUUUUUUUUUUUUUUUUUCGUGAUGCUUGUGGUGGCGCAGUCGCUGAACUCCCUGCGCAGCGUAUACGUAAGCGUCCGACUGAGUAAGAAAAAAAAUAUUUUGCGAGAGUCAUCUUGCUGAUAAUGCAUUUCUUUCUUGUGAGUUCUGCAAGUGUGUUUUACAACCUUGUUUUCACCGCGGGUGUCUGUUUUUCUUCAUGUACAGAGCCGGUGUUCAUACCGUUAGUGGCAUCUCUGUUCGCCUCAUUAUGAAUUGCGAUGUAAUUAUGCCAUGUCUUAUUUUUUCCUGUUAUCAUUUCCGUGAUGUGACGUGUGACUCGAUGAAAGAAAUACAAAUCUGGAUUACAUCACACUGAAA